AAAAGAUGUUACAUUAAUGAAGAUGAAACGUACAUACGUUUCAGCCGUGUGACACACGCACCGUCGGCCGCAUGCAUGUAUGUACACGUACCGACGUCCGCACGUCGCCCGUCGCGUGUACCUGUGCUUGUCGCGGCGCGUUCAAAGAAACGGACGCUCGGCUUUCUAGCCAUCCACGUCCCCACACCCCAGCUUCCUGCAAUGCAGACAAACAUCUCCAACAACAAACCAUGUCUUUGCCAACAGCAAAAACAAAGCCAUGUAGUAACACACGCACGGACACCACGCAUCAUCACCCUGCGGUGCACACACACUCACUCACACGAGUGACACAGAGACGCUAUAUAGCCAGAGCCACGACGGUGCCGUCUACCUCACCAUCAUCACUUCAUCAGCACACAGGAUUGAGCUACACCUCCGUCCGAUCGAUGAUUCCAGCCAUCGCCUGCGUCGGCAACGACAGGCCACCGGCGCCGAUCAAGACGGGGUCGUGGAGCCCCGACGAGGACGCGCUGCUGGCGGCCCUGGUCCGGGAGCACGGGGCGGGGCGGUGGAGCCUCAUCAGCGCGGGCGUCCCCGGGCGCACGGGCAAGUCCUGCCGGCUGCGGUGGUGCAACCAGCUCAGCCCGGACGUGCGCCACCGCCCCUUCACCCCCGAAGAGGACGCGCUCAUCGUCGCCGCCCACGCGCGCCUCGGCAACAAGUGGGCCGCCAUCGCGCGCCUCAUCCCCGGCCGCACCGACAACUCCGUCAAGAACCACUGGAACUCCAACUUCCGCAGGUGCCAGCGCCGCGCCAGGGCCAUGGCUGCCGCCGCCGCGCGUGCUGCGGGCGCCUCGUCCUCCUCUGUCGCCGGGAGAGCCACGGCGCGAAAAAGGAUGCAGGAACAGGUCGUGGUGGUGGACGUGGACAAAGACACUGCCAAGGACGACCCGCCACCGGCACCGGCAGGCCAGCAGACUAACGCCGGAGGAGCUACCGACGACGAUGACCCAACAAUGGUGUCGCUGACGCUGAGCCUUAGCCUGCCCCAGCAACCCGUGGGCAGAAACGGAGCACCGUCAGUGGAGGCCAAGGCACCAGCUGCAGCGGGCAUGGGUGACGAUGAGGCCUCAGAUGCGGGGGUCAUGGCAGCGAUGCGGCAGAUGGUGAGGGAGGAGGUGGAGCAGCAGUCAGGGCAGCUGUUAUACUCCGUCCUCAUGGCCGUCACGGCCGCCAGGACCGCCGGAGCAUCCAACGGCAACCACUAAGGUGGAUAUAUAUGUUGUGGAUCCUAUCAUUACUGCCUGCGACUUUGUGUUGUUUUCAAAACUUCCCUCUCCCGGGAGAUGAAACUUUCCGCUUGGGAGAUCGUCUUUCAAAUCAACAAAUCUAGCUCACAAUUUACAUUUAGAUAAAGAGAACAUCUGAUGACUCUUAU